UUUAGGAUCCACACGAUGAGCGGGAGGAAACGGAAUGAAGCGCGCAUGGAGCUUCAGGAACUCCAGAUGGACCUGAAGGAGAACAUGGCAGACGUCAAAGUGACGACGGAACCAGAGAAGGGACGACGUGGUCGACGGAAGAGCGCCAAGUACGAGGCCGUCUCGUACAGCAAGGACGACGAACUGUCUGACGACGACGACGACCCGUCCGAAAAGGAGACUCGCCGCAAAACGAUGGCGCAGGAGAUGAAUACGAUCCGCAAGGAAUUCACGCUCGAAGUGAUCUUGGGUCGACGGAUCCACCCAAAGACGGGAUCGUUCGAGUACUUGUGCAAGCUGGAAGGAUUGUCGCACCUCCACAUGCGGUGGUUGACGUACGAAGAAGUCGAACUGUUCUUUCCCGAGGGCCACAUCAAGCGCAACAAGGUUCAGGCGUACGACAAGAAGUGUUUGCAGGGUGGAUAUGUUGACACGGACGAAGUCGACGACCUCGACAUUGGGAACGCGACCGUCGAAACGAUCUUGAAUCAUCAGGCCGGCGUGUCCAGCGAAAGCAUGGACAAGAAGAUUGACGACCGACGUCUGAAUGUCCCUUACGCUCGCAAGUACCCGCGCGUGACGGAUGUUUACCUCGUUCAGCACCACGAAGCCGUCAUGGAGCGAUGCCGUGGCAUUAUCGUUCGAUUGAUGGCCGACCCAAGCGCCGAGCCCUUCUUACAACCCGUCAACGUCUCGGAGGUACCCGAGUAUUUGGAUGUAAUUUACAACCCGAUCGAUUUCGGCACGAUCUUGGCCCGUCUCAAGAAAGAAGUGUAUUACUCAGGUCCCAUUGCCGUGGCGCUGUUUGCAUCGGACGUCCGGCUUGUGUUUGCAAACUGUCGAGAGUUCAAUGCAGAGGGGUCUGAGAUCGUGGCAAUUGCCGACCAGUUGGCGAAAGACUUUGAGAAGAUGUUUUACGAAUGGAUCAUUUGUCCAUCUGCGUGGAAAUUGCUGCCGUCGACGGGGGAUGCAGCUGAAGAUGCCGAAAUACUGACACAGUUUCAUCAUGAACUGGAUGAAUCGCAUGCCCUGGCGAGUUGGAGUCCGUGGGACUCUGGAUGUUCGACAUGCCACAGCAACGACGACUUGGAAAACAUGCUGCUCUGCGAUCGCUGCGACAACGAACUACACUUUCACUGCCUGGACCCGCCACUGGAUGAAACUCCGGAAGACGAGUGGUACUGUCCAUUCUGCGAACUCCGCAACACGUAUGAAGCCAUGUGCCUGCCCAAAACAAGCGACGAAGACGAUGCGAAUGCCACGAAGAACGCUCCCGACCAAGCGACCCACCCGGUCGGGUCAAGUGCGUCCCCUACAUUUCCACUAGUGCUGUCGGCACCAAUUCCCCGCGACACCAAGUUCCUGUUGGAUUCGGACACACGGACGACAGAAUCACGACGGCAGUCUCUGCGACUCUUUGGCAACCACACGGUCUUCCUUGUGCAAUGGAAAGGUCUGUCGAUUCGUAACUCGACGUGGGAACGCGCCGAAGACAUUGGCGAUGACGACGCAAUCGUGCGGUACUUCAAGACGACGAAAGUACCAACAGAGAAAGAAAUUCUCCAAACAACCUGUCAAUUGCCGUGCUGCGCCAAGGCCAACAACUUGAAACCACAGCAACCGGUCGGAGACAACUUGAAUUGUGCAGUGGAUCGCUUUUGCACCCUUGGCGCAGACCACGUCGGCCCGUGCGAACGCACCACGACCAAUACGAUGUCAGGGAACGACCUGUCGCUGCUUGGGACGCCCGCGUACACACAUCAAAAGCAACUGGAGCAGAUUCGCGCGCAAUUGUUUGCGUUUCACUGCUUGUUGCAUCACCACGCGCCGGACAUUCGUGUGUUGAAGCAAUGUGGGGCUGCCACUGCAGCUUUCGCGUGGACAAAAGAGUUGUUGAACAACGAGGCUAGCAAGCCCAAAGACGAGGAUCAAGACUACUCGGAAGAAGAAGACGAGAGCAGCGACGAAGACGAAGACGACGACGACAACGACAACGAACUCCUGCCGCAGGUUCACAUGCCUGCGUACUCGCAGUUAUUUCUGGAGCCUGACCGACCAUCCGACGAAGCAGACGACGAAGAGGAUGACGCGAACGACGAUAACGACGACGCGAGAUCCCGCAAGCAACUGCCACCCGAGGCCCAAGUCGCAUCCGUCCUGGCAUCAAUGGUAGAACAUGUUGCCCUUGGGUAUGCGUCGGACCUUACUCGAGUCCCGCCGAAGAUUAAGAAGCCACCGGUCAAGCGCCUCCCGCAGAUCGACAUGACGUCGUGGAGCCAUUUUCUCAUGGACACAUUUGGCCCGCAUCAUCGAUACACGGAAUACUACGUUGCGAUUCAAAAGAGCAUCCAUGGGCUCGGUAUGCGUCUUGGUCUGUCGGAUGACGGCGUUGCUAGAGUGCUGGGGUUCCAGCGGUUGCAAAACGGCCAACUUGGUGCCGCAGAACUCACCGGCGUGAUCGCCCCUGGCGACGUCCUUGUCGGUAUCAACAACACCCCCACCGCGCGGAUGGCGUUCAAGCAAGUGGUUGAAAUGAUCGGCGCGUCCAAAGAUUACGUCCUCUUCACUUUCCACACAACGCGGCCGGCACCAUUGUUCCCACCUGCAUGUGUCGCAAAGACGAUAGAACGCCGAUUCCUGCCGCUUCCACCUCUCGACGAUGAGCCUGAGGAUGACAACGACACGGAUGCCGCGCCUCCGUCCAAGUACAUUCCGUAUUCUUACUUGAUCUACGAGUCCCCUCUUCAUGUGAAUGGACGAAAGCACAAAAAGUUUACGGCGUUGGAAAACUACGCUGCUCCCACCGGCCCGAUUCAACACGUUCUUGCCGGGAUCAUGAAAGGCACGUUGGACCCCCACGAGCACUUCGCAAGCUUCUUGGCGGUGAAAAAGACGUCAGCGGCAAGCGCUCAAAUCGUCGCCAAGACCCCGACAGAGUUUGUGCCGUACGAACAAUCGCCAACCUUCAAAGGUGGACGCACCCUUCGCGCAUACCAAGUGGACGGGUUGAACUGGAUGAUAUCGUGCUGGAAAGCAAAGCGGUCUUGCUUGCUGGCUGACGAAAUGGGUCUGGGCAAAACUGUUCAAGUGGUGUCGUUCCUCGAGCACUUGCGCACCGAAGAAGACAUUCGCGGUCCAUUCUUGGUCGUUGUGCCAUUGUCGACUUUGCAACAUUGGCGCCGAGAGAUUGAAGACUGGACCGACAUGAAUGUGUGCGUAUACCAUGACGUGGGGGAGCGUGGUACCAAGUACACAGGCAAGGACUUGCGCAGUUUGAUUCGCAUGCAAGGAUGGUACUACCCUAACAUGACACACACCAAGUCUGUGUUCAAGUUCAACGUGUGCCUCACGACAUUCGAGACAAUAUUGGCCGACUUUGAAGAGUUUGAAUCCAUUCACUGGCGGUUGUUGGCUGUGGACGAGGCGCAUCGAUUGAAGAGCGCGGGGUCGCGAGUGCUCAAGCAAAUGCGCGUGCUCAACGUCGAUCGGAAGCUUCUCUUGACUGGCACGCCAUUGCAAAACAACACGCAAGAACUGUGGGUGCUGUUGAACUUCUUGGAGCCCGUGAUCUUUGACAACAUGGAAGAAUUCAACGACAAGUACGGCCGGUUGCAUUCCCAAGAGCAAGUGAUGCAGCUCCAGCGCAUGCUCACGCCAUACUUACUGCGCCGCGUGAAGGAAGAUGUCGAGAAGAGCAUUCCACCCAAGGAAGAAACGAUCAUUCAAGUCGAGCUCACGACGCUCCAAAAGCAGUACUACCGAGCGAUUUACGAAAAGAACCGGUCAUUUUUGUACCUCGGGACGCAGAACGGGCUGCCAACGCUAAACAACUUGCAACUUCAGCUGCGCAAAUGCUGCAACCACCCGUUCUUGAUCAAAGGCGCGGAAGAGCGCGAAUUAGAGGCCCUCGGCGCCGCCCCAGACCCGGAAAAACUUAUGCAAACGACAAUCCAAGCCAGCGGCAAGAUGGUACUCGUGUCGAAACUACUGCCCAAGUUGAAGGCCGAAGGUCACAAAGUUUUGAUAUUCAGCCAGUUUAUUCGACAAUUGGACCUCCUCGAGCGGUAUUGCGAGCACGAAGGGUUCAUUUAUGAGCGCUUGGACGGAUCGAGCAUGGGCACAUCGCGCCAAGCAGCGAUCGACCGGUUUUCCAAGAAGAACUCGAAGUCGUUUAUUUUUUUGCUCAGUACCAAGGCUGGUGGGGUUGGGAUCAACUUGAUUGCUGCCGACACGGUCAUUAUUUUCGAUAGCGAUUGGAAUCCUCAGAAUGACUUGCAAGCCCAAAGUCGCUGCCAUCGCAUUGGACAAAAGAAGAGCGUCAAGAUUUACCGCCUCGUGACUCGAAACUCGUACGAGAGCGAAAUGUUUGACCGGGCGUCGCGCAAGCUCGGCCUCGAGCACGCCGUGCUCGGCACGGGAUCGUUUAGCGAAUCGCACGACAUGGAACGACCGUCUGCGGAGAUGCUUGUCGAGCUGCUGAAAAAGGGAGCGUACGGUCUCAUGGAUGACGACGACAGUGCGUCGCGAUCGUUUGUCGAGCGAGAUAUUGAAACCAUCUUAAAAGAAAAUGCGCACGUCCGAAUCGUCAACAAGCAGUUGGAUGCAGUUGACGAAGAAGGCGAAGAUGGCGACGAUGCCCCGAUCGCUAAAAAGUCAAAAAAAGGCGGCAUCGUAUUUGACAAGACGUCGUUUGUAGCUGAAGGAAGCACGGGUGAUCUGAGCGUGAACGACCCGAGCUUCUGGGAAAAGGUCCUCGGCCACAUCAGUGUAGAGAUGCUGUCAAAAAAACUCGAGGAUGGAUCGGCGCUGGCAUCACGACAAACCAAGGCUAAGUUUAUGGCACAAUUGCAACAAGCUCUUGGCCAACUGAUUGAAGACGUGCGAGAAAACAAAAAAGAAAAGGAUUCAAUUUUCCAGCACGAGUAUGAAGUCGCCAUCAACAUGCUGCAAAAGCUUGUCGCGAUCAAGGACCAGUUUUCAGCCGACCAACGCAAGGUCUUUGAAAAGUAUAUUGAUCAAAUGUCCAAGUCGCGUGUCCGUAGUUGCCGUGUCAACACGGUGAGCCUGGAAGACGUGAGCUCUCCCGUCCGCCGAUCUACCAAGUCCACAGAUGGUCGUCGCACGCGAUGGAAGAAACUCAAGACCACAAAUUCGCUCACAGCCUCAGGCGAGUCCCUCGCCGAUGAUUUUGAAGGCACGAGCGGAGAUGUGUGCACAUUGUGCGGCGAAGGUGGCGUUCUCUUACUUUGCGACGGGGCGUGUCACCGGUCGUUUCAUCUCGAUUGCGUCGGCUUGAAAGAUGAACCGAGCGAUGCCAAGUGGCAUUGCCCAGACUGCACAGCGGGAAAACAUCGGUGUCUGGCGUGUGGCAAAGUGGGCAAGAUGGGCUCCGAGCAAGGUGUUACGCAAUGUGCGAUGGCAAAGUGUGGUCGAUUUUACCAUCUGAAUUGCAUGCACAGCAGCAAUUUUCACGUUGAAUGGGUGGGAAAGAAGCGAUUUCGGUGUCCCAGUCACUAUUGCGCCGUGUGCAAAAAGGGCGAUUCUACCAAGGCGCAUUUACUCGUUUGCACGCAUUGCCCCAAGGGCUUCCACGUCAAGUGCUUGAAGAACCAGCGCAUGCUUCAACUCUCGAGUGCGUACAUGAUUUGCGCCGACCACUUGGAGGCGGGGAAAGGCACUGUCGUGCAAGUGGACGACAACGACGCCGACAACGCCGAGGAAGACGAUGACGAAGUUGAAAAGGAUGUCGCCGAUGGUCAAGAUCCCGAAUCGUCUGCUGACGAAGCGCCACUCGCACUAUCCAAGCGGCACAGUCGCACCAUCAAACGCCCCAAGAAACUUGACAGCGACGAUGAAGACAAUCAACCUCUGACAAAACGAAGCCGGUCAAAAGCCAUCGUGUCUACUUCAGCUGCGACAUUUCAUAAAGGCAAGAGCAGUGCCCGUUGGACGAAAUCGUCUGGGGCGGCGGCUGGCGAUUCUUCCGACGAAGCCUCCGUGCACGAAGAUGGCCAGGAUGGCGACGACUUGUCGGACGAAGACAUUGCUUCACCCGUAAAGAAGAAACGUCCAAUCAAGAACAAGAAACCUGCCACCGCGCCAUCGCAACGACGUGGGAAAGCGAGUUCCGAAAGAGCUGACGCCGCCGUUGACGACGACGAUGUCGAUGUUGACGGCGUGUGUGAAUUGUGUGGACGCCAAGCGACGACCAAUUUGCCGUUUGCCAUGCCUGCCAUUGUCGUCAACAAGAAACGAACGGUGGUUCACGCAGCGUGCAUUCCGUCUACGUCGACGGCGAAACCAGCCCAAGUGAUCCAAAAGGCCAAAACGACCACGUGUUCCAAGUGCCAGUCCAAAGGCGCGUCGAUUCCGUGCCAGUCUUGCCGACAUGUGUUUCACCUUCACUGCGCUCAUGCCGACAACGGCGUUUUUGACGCAGACGACGAGUUCACGUGCCACUUGCAUCGAUGCAGUUGUAACGACUGGGUCGAAUCCGCCGCCGUCAUAUGCAUGCAUUGCUUUGCGUGGUUUCAUCCGACUUGCGUCGAUACAAAGCCCGAGGACAGUUUUUGCUGCACGAAUUGCCUUGAGACUCCGGCCAAGCGCAAGCGGGCCAACGACGACGAGGACAUCCUCAGCGACGCUGACGAGGCACUUGACGAAGCACCAACCAACAAGACGCCAGAGAAAUCGGGCACUUCUUCGCGGAGCUCGCGACGAGUGCGGCGGAGCGUGGGACGACCGUAACUCGACCUUCCAUUCAUCGCGCAGUUGUCACCUGUGCAUCCUCCGUAAAAGGCAAAAUUCCACCUUGCCAUCGCAUCGUUUCUUUGUCGAUCGUCCCAUUUUGUUAGGCCUUCCAUGUCGUUGG